CAAGCCUGGACUUUGCUCAACAAACGAAUAACCAGAAAAAUGUCUCCCCUUCUCUCCAUCUCCAAACCCCUUGCCUUUCCUCAACAACCCCUCUUCUCUGCAAGUUUUCGCCCCCCUCCCCCUCCCCCUCCCCCUCUCCCUGUCUCUAUCUCUAUCUCUGUGUCUCUCUGUGUGUGUUUGUGUCUGAGUUUCAUAAACAUGUGGGUGUGUGAAUGUUUUGAUUUUGAUGUAUAAACAUGGAAUAUUGUUGCAGUGCUUUGGUGGGAACACAAGGGAAAGUGGGCUAUGGAGAAACCAUCAAACAGUGAAGAAAUUAGUGGUUAGAGCAGGUCCAAAGAAGAUAUCUUUUGGUAAAGAAUGCAGAGAAGCCUUGCAGGGAGGAAUUGAUAAGCUUGCUGUUGCUGUUUCUCUCACUUCAGGACCUCAAGGCAACCUGGGAUUUACUUCUUUUUCUCUCUUUCUUUUUCUUCUAUCUUCAUUUUUCUCUUAAAAAAUUGACAUCUUGUUCUGUUCAAAGAAUAGGAUCGUGACUACUAGUUAUCUCAUUUCUUGUGUAAUUUGUCAGUCUUUAUUGACAGUGAUGUUUCUAAGCCAUUGAUAUGUGUUUACGCAGGGCAUAGUGUUGCCCUUUCGGAGUCUAAUACACUAAAACAAGUAAUGAUGGUGUUGCAAUAGCUCAAGCUAUCGAGCUUCUGGAUUCAAUGAGAAUGCUGGAGCAAUGUUAAUCCAAGAGGUCAUUCAUGUAAAAUGAAUGAUUUGGCUGGAGGUGACACUACUACUGCUAUUAUCUUGGCUUGUGAAAUGAUCGAAACAGCAAUGUUGGCAGUUGCUUUUGGGGCUAACCCUGUUUCUGUAGAGAAAGGAAUGGAUGUGCCUGUCAAAGAUUUGGUCAAGGUAUUGAAAAAGAAUAGCUUUCCAGUAAAAGGGAAGGAUGAUAUAAAGGCGGUUGCUUCAAUUUCUGCUGGAAAUGAUGAAUACGUUGGGAACUUAAUUGCUGAAACUAUAGAGAAUGUUGGCUCUGAUGGAGUAAUCUCUCUUGAAUCAUCUUGGACCUCAGAUACGUGUAUGAUAAUAGAAGGAAUGAAGGGUAGUAACCGGGUAGCAAUACUGUGUAAACCCUCUGGCUCCCAUGCAUGCUUAUAUGCCGCCCCAAUUCAUCACAAACCAGGAAAAAUCUUUGGUGGAGUUUGACAAGGCCAAAGUCCUUGUAACGGAUCAGAAGAUUGCAAAUGUCCAAGAAAUUGUUCCUGUAUAGGAAAAGACUAUGCAGCUAAGUGUCCCACUGUUAAUCAUUGCCAAGGAUAUCCCAAAGCAGGUUUUGGAAACACUAGAGGUGAACACAAUGCGAGGUUUGCUCAACGUUGCUGUUGUCAAAUGCCCUGGAUUUGGAUAUCGAAAGAAAGCAAUAUUGUUGCAAGACAUUGCUCUUAUGACAGGUGAACUGGCCUCUUUCUUUCCGACUUAAUUGGUUAUUCUUAGUUGUACUAUAUUUAAAUAUAUUAAGAUAUAGGUUAUUGAACCAUCUAUCUUCCUUGGCAAGUUGGGUUUGUGUUGCCUUCACGAGCCUUCCUAUUUGUGCAUAUCUGUGUUCCACUGGUUGCUCUUCUUGUAUGUGUGCGUGUGUGACCCGUGAUGUUCGAAAAUAAAUGAGUAGGAGAAGGCAACAAAGUCCUUGGAGGUUUAGAAGUAGGUAUAAAUGAAUAAGAGGUAUUGUAGUAAUUGAAUAAAACUUGAUAAAUAUAAAUAGAAAAAAAAAAGGAAAGAGGGAUCUGAAAAAUAAAUGAGAGUAGGAGAAGGCAACAAAACCCUUGGAGGCUUAAAAUUAGGUAUAAAUGAAUAAGGGGUAUUGUAAUAAUUGAAUAAAACUUGAUAAAUAUAAAUAAAAAAAAAAAGGAAAGAGGGAUCUGAAAAUUUAGUGUGAGUGACGGCAGGAGAGAAGAAAAGGGAAAGAAGAAGAGAAAAGAGAGAAAGAUAAAGGAAAGAAGGGAGAGUUAGAGAAAAUAAGUAUAAAGGUAAAAUUUACGCUUUGAUAUGCAUAAAUGUGUUUUCUUUUAGCUUUAAAUUUCUGUUUUGUUGAAUAUUAGGGUUUUGAAGAUUUUGUUUUAGGUUGAUUGAUGAAUUAAUUUGAAUAUUAUGGGUUGAUUGUAAUGGAUAAUUAGUUAUUUAGUUGAUUUUGGAAGAUUUUAGGUAAGGAUGAUGAUUUUGAGUUAUGAUUUGUUUAAAUGGUGAAUUUGAGUUAGAAAUCUUAAUAUAUCAGUAGGUGAUCUGUUGAAAUUCUGGGUUUGAGGUUGAAGAUGAUGAAAUUACAAUUUGGUCUCUCAAUUUGUGAAAAUUAUAGUUUAGUCCCCGAGCUUUGAAAAAUUUACAGAUUGGUACCUAUAGCAUAAUCCGAGAUUCUAGAUAGAAUUAAAGAUGAAUUAUGGACAGAAUUCCAAUAUAGUUAUGAAUUUAUGACACUUUCAAUUUGGUCUUCCCAUUUGAUAAAAUUACAAUUUGACCCUAAAAAUUUGAUAAAAUUCCAGAAUGGUUCUUGGAGCAUAAUUAGAGAUUCUGGAUAGAAUUAAGGUUGAAUUAUGAAAAAAAAAUUCUAGAAUGGUCCCUCAAUUAUUUAUCAAACUAGUUUGGAAAAGCUAAUAUUACAGUUAGGGACCAAUAUGAAAUUUUUAUCAUAUUUUUAGGGGUCAAAUUGUACUUUUAUCAAUUUGAAGGAUCAAACUAAAAAUAUCAUAAAUUCAUGAUUAUACUGGAAUUUUACCCAUAAUUCAUCCCCAAUUCUGUCCAGAAUCUCUAAUUAUGCUCUAGGGACCAUUCUAGAAUUUUAUUAAAAAUUUAGGGUCAAAUUGUAAUUUUGUCAAAUUGGAGGACCAAACUAAAAAUGUUAUAAAUUCACAACUAUACUGGAAUUUUACCCAUAAUUAAUCUUUAAUUCUGUCAAGAAUCUUGGAUUAUGCCUCAGGGACCUAUCUGUAAUUUUUCUAAAGUUCGGUGACUAAACUGAAAUUUUCACAAAUCAAGGGACCAAACUGAAAUUUUAUCAUCUUCAACCUCAAACCCAGAUUUUCAACAGAUCACCUACUAAUAUUUUAAUAUUUCUAUCUCAACUUCAUCAUUUAAACAAAUCAUAACUCAAAACCAUCAUCUUUAUCAAAAAUCUUUCAAAAUCAGCUAAAUAACUCAUUACCCAUAAUAAUCAACUUAUAACAUUCAAAUCAAUGCAUCAAUCAACCCAAAAUAAAAUCUUCAAAACCCUAAUAUUCAACAAAACAGAAAUUUAAAACUAAAAGAAAACACAUUUAUACACAUUAAAGCUUAAAUCUUACCUUUUAAACUUAUUUUCUCUAACUCUCUUCUCCUUCCUUUAUUUUUUCCUCUUCUCUUCUUUCCUUCUCACGGUUUUCUUUCUAAGAAUUCAGAUCUCUCUCUCUCUCUCUCUCUCUCUCUCUUUUCCUAUUUAUAUUUAUCAACUCUUUGUUCAAUUACUACAAUACCCUUUAUUCAUUUAUAUAUAUUUCUAAGCCUCCAAGGGCUUUGUUGCUUUUUCUUAUUCUCUUUCAUUUUCAAAACAUCACAUAACUACUUUAGUUCAAAAACAUAUAGGAUUAUGGAAUAGACCCUUAGUUAAGUGUAUUUAAUAGGUUGUACAUUCCUUUCGAGUCGUUUUUGAAUAUAUCUCUUUUGUAUUUGUAUAAUCCUGAUAUUCUACUUGUGGGAUAUCAAUAGGAUUUCCUUUGGUAUCUGCUUUCGAGUUCUGUUCGCUUUGAGUCAAGUGAGUGGAUAAUUUUCCAUAUGCAUGAGAAAUAUUAUAAAUAUUUGAGUUGUUAAUAUGAAUUGGAUCAUGCUUCUUGAUAAUAUAUAUGUUGAUUAUUAUCCUUAUUAUGAUAAAGCAUGAUCAAUUGUUGAAUUUGAAUUCUUGAUAUGAACCAAUAUAUAUUUUGAAUUGAUUUCCGAAUUGAUAGCUCCUCAUUUGAUUGAUGUCAUGAGUUGAGCCUUGAGAUAUGAAUUUGUUUGUUUGAUUAUGAUAUAAACCUACGAUAUGACAAUUAGAAUAACCAUGCUAAUAGAAUAGUGUUAGUCUUUGUGCACAUUGUAUCUGAACCCUAGUUGGUCGGGGGAGUCACCAACUUGUGUGGACUGAUCAUCCUAUAAUACGGAGCCACAUGCUCAUUGCAUUUUGAUUUUCUGUCAAGCUUUACCUUAUGAUAUUCUUGUUAUGGCUUAUUUGAAAAACCUUCCUCUAAGAAUCUAAAGUCAUAAUUGUGUAUAUAUUUCUUAUUAUUGUAUUACCUCGUGUGUAUAAAUUGAACGCUAUCUACUCACUGAGUUGUUGAACCCACCCUUUUAUUAUUUAUGUUUUUCAAACUUAUAGCUUGUUAGCGGAUCAUUUAUAUGGGACCUUCAAAACCUUCUCUUUUGGUUGUAAUUAAUAUUUUUUCUUUAUGUUUUGUUAGUGCUCCAUAACUAUGAAUUUGUAUUAACUCUUGUAUUAAGACAAUUAAAUUAUAUUAUGAAGUUAAUUUUGUUAUUAGUGCUAUGUUGAACUCCGAUUGAGUUAUUUGAAUGAUAAGUUUGUAUGUAAGUUUGAGUUCGUAUAAGUAUGGAACCUUGAAAAGAAAUCUUGUUUAUAUGCCGAUCAUGGAUCCAGAAAUCGGGUCAUGACAUAACCCAUACAUGUUUCAUACACUUUUGAGUUUGUCAUGGUAAUAAAGAAGUCCUUUGAUGAGUACCUAGGUCUCAAUUAUAAAAAUCUUUACUUUUUUUUGUCCAUUAGAAAUAAUAAACUUUUUACUUUGAUUCUAGCUAAGAUUGUAAAAUCCUUUUAUGAUUACCUAGCUCUCAAUUAAAAAAAAUUAUCACUACUUUUUCGCUCUAGAAAUGAUAAAUUGUUUACUUGGAUGCUUGCCAAGAUUGUAUUUUGUUCUCAUAUGACUAUUCAUAGGUAGGUCAUUGCUUCCAACAUGCUGUGUAAUUCAUGCCGUCCUAGACUCAUAAGGUGCUCAUUUUUUCUCGGGUGAUUUUGUGUUGGCACUCGAAAGUGUAACCUCGGAUCAACUUAGUGUUGCUCGAAACGUUACCAUAACAAGUAAUUCAAAAACCAUAGUUGCUGACCCAUCAAAUAAAGCUGAAAUUCAGGCAAUAAUUCUGCAGGUAAGAAAGGAUCUUGCUGAAACAGGUAAUGCUGCCCCCUCAAAAAAGCUCUCAGAGAGCAAUGCUAAAUUAUCUGGUGGUGUGGCCGUAAUCAUGGUUCGUGAUCAAGCUCUUAGUUAGAAUUGCUAACUAUUGUAAAACACAAUUCGGAAAAAUAGAUGAGCAUAGUGACAAUUCUGGCUACCAGUGCGUAGAAUUAUUUCUAGAGACAUUAGGCUCUUAAAGCUGCAUUAGUUCAGUAACAGGGAUGGAUUUUCUGCUCUGUUUUUUUCCAUAAGAAAUAUAAAGACAUAAGACAGGACUCCAAUCUUUUA